AUGAGCUGCUUUGGUUGUUGUGGCGGUGACGAUUUUCGUAGAGUUGUUGAAACUGGUCCAAAGCCGGUGUACGCGCAGCAGGGUUCGAAAUCCUUGAUUGGUGAGGGCUCUUAUGGAAGAGUGUUUUAUGGUGUUCUUAGAAGCGGUAAGGCAGCUGCCAUUAAGAAACUUGAUUCCAGUAAACAACCUGAUCAAGAGUUUCUCUCCCAGGUAUCAAUGGUUUCGAGAUUGAGACAAGACAAUGUUGAUGCACUUCUGGCUAAUUGCGUUGAUGGACCACUCCGUGUUCUUGCUUAUGAAUUUGCUCCUAAUGGAUCUCUUCAUGAUAUUCUUCAUGGUCGGAAAGGAGUGAGAGGAGCACAGCCAGGUCAUGUUAUGUCGUGGAACCAGCGAAUUAAAAUUGCUGUUGGUGCGGCUAGGGGACUUGAGUACUUGCAUGAGAAGGCAAACCCUCAUGUUGUCCACCGAGACAUCAAAUCCAGCAAUGUGCUUCCUUGGAUUAAUCUUUGA